AUGUUGUCCCAAUUGACUAAGCAAACGUUAAGAUCUUCCGUUAGAUCCUUCUCUAUGACCAGAGUAGUUGCCACGGAGGGUUCUAUUAACCAAGCAAACGACUCCUUUAGUGACAAGGAAAGAGCUCAAGAAACCGUCUAUAUCAGGAAGCACGAGCAGGAACAAUUGAAGGCAUUGAAAGAAAAGUUAGAGAAACAGAAGGAAACUAUUUCCAAAUUGGAAGACCAAAUUGACGGACUUAAGAAGAAUUGA